AUGAACUCCCCUUUCAAGCACCUGUCACUGAUCUGGAUCCUCCUCUCCACACUCUUCUUCACAAUGGCUGCCGCAGGAUACACCGACGCUGUCCUUCUCUUUGGCGACAGCCUCACGCAGGCAUGGUCCGAGGGGUCGCUCGCACAGCGUCUUAGCGAGUACUGGUUGCGCAGGCUGGACGUUGUCAACCGUGGAUAUGGUGGAUAUAACUCGGAGUGGGGCAUCCCCUCGUUUGAGGUGAUCUUUGGCACCAAGGAGGACCGCGAGGCUGGACGUGCACAGGAGGUGCAGCUCUUGACCAUCUGGUUUGGUACCAACGACGCUGUUCUUCCCGGACGGCUUCAGUACACCCCUAUCCCGCGUUUCCAGGAGAACCUCAAGACGCUCGUCGACUAUGUCCGCAACAAGGACAGCAAGUGGUACUCCCCCAACACGAGGAUCGUGUUCAUCAACCCCCCACCUUUCAUUGCGGCCGACCGCCUUGCUACGCAGUACACGCGCUGGCGCGACGAGUACAAGUGCGAGGGCCCCGAGCCAGUCCUCGACCGCGAGUGGGACAACACGAAGAAGUAUGCCGAGGCCGUUGUCGAGCUGGGCAAGGAGAUCAACGUCCCCACCAUCGACCUCUGGACCAAGAUCAUCGAGGCAGCAGGCGGCGAGUCCCCCGAGCACCUCAAGCCGUACUUCUACGACGGCCUGCACUUCAACUCGCUGGGCUACAAGGUGCUCACCGACGAGCUGACCAGCAUGGUCACCGAGCACUGGCCCGAGCUCCACCCCGAGGCGAUCAGGAUGCGUCUCCCACACUUUGCGGACAUUGACCCGGAGAACCCCCGUGCUACCAUCCCUGGACAGAAGCCUGUGAUUCCUCGCCCGCACGACGAGCUCUGA